AUGUAUAAGAAUGAUGAAGCAAGAUUAUGUACUGAAUUUGAAGAGCUGCUGCUUUGUGAUCCGUGUAAAAGCGAUGGACAAAGUCUGUCCGUGGAAGGAUACUGUGUCGACUGUGAGGAAUAUUUGUGCAAGGAUUGUUAUAAAGUUCAUUGCCGUCCCUCUAUAACACGGCACCAUGUGCUAAAAGGGAAAGACAACAUGCCGAAAAAGAAAGAGUGCAAGCCCGACACCUGUCCAAUCCAUGCUGAGCAGCUGGUAGAGUAUUAUUGCGAAGCACAUGAAGAGGUUUGCUGCUCUUCUUGCAAAGGAUUGAGUCAUAAAAAAUGUGAAGGUGUUAAGCGUAUCAAUGACAUUUUGCCCGAAAUAGAUAUAAAGAAGGAAUUUGAAAAGCUGCAAGGAAACACAGAACUGUUGAGGAAUGAUAUAAACAUCACACAAUAUGUCGUUCAGUCGAGCCUUAAGGCUAUUACGAUGAAUCAUGACAAAGCUAGGCAUGAGAUGUCAUCUGUUCGACAGCAAGUUAGGAAACACAUUGACGAGAUUGAAAGCGAACUUGACAAGAAAUUGAAAACAAUCAGAGAUGAAGAUGAAAGAAAAAUCAUGUCCCAUAAAAAUACAUGUGAGGCAAUGUAUUUUGAUGCAAACACUAUCGAAUCCUAUGUUCAACCUAAAAUAUCAAGAAACAGAACACUGGAUGCAUUCAUAUCUAUGAAAAGGGCACAAAGCAAAAUAAGAGCAGACCACGUCAAUCUAGAAAAAAUUAGAAUGGAUAACAAAAUAAAAAGAUACUCGUUUACACCAGAUAAAGAGGUCACAAAGCUUACUUCACAACCGUAUACUUUUGGAAAUAUUUCUUUGAACGAAACAAAAUCAAAAACAAUUCAUUUUAUCAGAGAUCUUAAUGCUAUGUCUCCCGAUGAUUCAAAGGAAUGUGAGGUAACCGGACUAUGCCUUAUAUCAGAAUCACUUCUUGCCAUCGUUGAUAAGGAAAACAAGAAUGUGAAAAUAAUAGACAUAAACAAUGACAAAAUAACGGCAAAUGUAUUACUAAGUUCACCGCCUUAUGACAUAACAGUGGUACCUGACGACAAAUUAGCUGUCACUCUUCCUGAAGAAAAAAAGAUUCAGUUUCUUUCACUUUCAUUACCAAAGGCUGAUUCAGUUACGCCUGAAAAGACCCUUACUGUCUCCGGGGCAUGCUAUGGUAUAGAUUUUAUUCGAAAUGAAAAAAAGCUUAUCGUUACAUAUCUAAAUCCAGGGACAGUUGAAAUAUUGGACCUCGAUGGAAUUGUUGACCGGAAAGUCGACUUAAAAUAUAGCCAUGUAAACAAGGUUUCAGUAAUUCCAAAUACAACACUGGCAUACAUGGCAAGCAAACUUUCAAUACUAGAACUCAAAGACAAGCUUAAAGUUGUAUGUGAAAUAUCAUAUGGGUUUCGAUAUCUUAAUGUGCAAGGCAUCGCAACCGACAAGACCGGUACUGCAUACCUAUGUGGUGAACACUCAGUUUAUGUUACAUCCAACGUUGAUUUAAGCAAGAAUACAGUUCAUUUGAAGGAUGUGAAAUUAGAAGAACUGGAAGGAUAUGACUACACAUCGUACCCUCGAAGUAUUGCUUUUUGCGAUAGAACGUUUAGACUCUACAUUGGAACAACAGAAGGGAAAAUAAAGGUGUACACUGUUGCCUAA